GUGUCUCCUUUUUUUCAAAUUUCCUCACAACCCCAUUUAACUCUAUUGGGUGACUGUAUUUUCCUCUGAAAAAAAAAAAUGGCUUCUGCAGUAAAUGCAUCGGUCUCUUUACCAUCUUCCUCUUCAUCCUCUCUAACCACCAGAGCUUCUACAAUAUAUUCAGAAAGAGUUAGCUUCAGUAAGAAUAUCUUCUAUUCUAGAAAUGUCUACGUUGGUAAGAAAAUGGUUCAGAUUAGAGCCCAAGUCACUACAGCAACUCCAGCCAAAGUAGAAAAGGUUUCCAAGAAAGAUGAUGAGGGUGUGGUUGUAAACAAGUUCAAGCCUAAGGAUCCUUACAUUGGUAAGUGCCUUCUCAACUCCAAAAUUACAGCGGACGAUGCUCCGGGAGAGACUUGGCACAUGGUGUUCACUACUGAGGGGGAAGUUCCUUAUAGAGAAGGACAAUCCAUUGGUGUUAUUCCAGAUGGCAUUGACAAGAAUGGGAAACCCCACAAGCUUAGAUUGUAUUCUAUUGCCAGUAGUGCUCUUGGAGACUUUGGGAAUUCCAAAACUGUUUCUCUGUGUGUCAAGAGGCUUGUCUACACCAAUGAUAAAGGAGAGAUGGUUAAAGGAGUUUGCUCAAAUUUCUUGUGUGACCUGAAGCCUGGGGCUGAUGUGAAAAUCACAGGACCUGUAGGAAAAGAAAUGCUUAUGCCAAAAGAUCCAAAUGCCACAGUUAUAAUGCUUGCAACCGGAACUGGAAUUGCUCCUUUCCGUUCAUUCUUGUGGAAGAUGUUUUUUGAGAAGCAUGAGAACUAUAAGUUCAAUGGAUUGGCUUGGCUCUUUUUGGGUGUUCCAACAACUAGCUCAUUGCUCUACAAGGAGGAGUUUGCGAAGAUGAAAGAGAAGGCACCAGAAAACUUCAGAGUUGAUUAUGCAGUGAGCAGAGAACAAACAAAUGACAAGGGUGAGAAGAUGUAUAUUCAAACCCGAAUGGCACAGUAUGCAGAGGAGCUAUGGGAGUUACUCAAAAAAGACAACACCUAUGUAUAUAUGUGUGGACUCAAGGGAAUGGAGAAGGGGAUUGAUGACAUAAUGGUCUCUUUGGCUGCUAAAGAUGGCAUCGAUUGGCUUGAAUACAGGAGACAAUUGAAGAAGUCAGAGCAAUGGAAUGUUGAAGUCUAUUGAUUCUACUGGUGUUACACUUACACUGAAGAAUCCCUUAAUAUUUCUUCUGUGUGAAGGAGAUAGGUAAUCUUAUAUGUAAUUUAUUAGAACAUAAUCUACUUAUUUUGUAUAGUAAUUUUAAAAUCGCAUUCACUACUGGAAUUAGGGAUAUCAUGGAUGAUUUCAUGGUAGAAUGAAUUCCACUACCUGGAAGUUUUCAUAAUUUGUAGAAUACUAAUUCCGUUGUUUUUCCA